AUGAUGUCCACACAACAACAUACAGCAAAUUCACAACUUGAUCAACGGGCUAGAGCGCACAAAUCGUCAGAGAGUUGCACAAAUUCUGCUAUCGAUAUGCCAUCUAGUGGGCGUCCUAUUAGGAAUCAAAAUGGCACGCAUGCUGACAUUAAUAACAAUAAUAACAAUAACAAUAGUAUGGAUGUGAACACAACUAACUCCAAUAGUACUAAAACUUCUGGUACCGGGAAAAAUAGAAACAUAAUUGCAUCGCAUUACCAAAUUGCACAAAAAAUUGGAGAAGGAUCGUUUGGUAUUAUAUUCAAGGGAUAUGAUUUACUAAGGUCCAAUCAACCUAUCGCCAUCAAAUUUGAGUCAAGGAAGAGUGAAGCACCACAGCUAAAGGAUGAAUUUAGAGCAUAUAAGAUAUUAAACAAUGCCAUUAAGAAAUACUACGAGAACUACGAAAGAGAACGCCAUAGAUACUUGUCUAUAAAUGGUAUACCUAAGGUAUAUUAUUUUGGACAGGAAGGUUAUUAUAAUGUGUUGAUCAUUCAGUUAUUGGGGCCUUCUCUAGAGGAUUUAUUUGAAUGGUGUGGCAGAAAGUUUUCCGUCCCAACAGUUUCGAGAUUAGCUAUUCAAAUGAUUGAGAGGUUGCAAUUUUUACAUGAAAAUCACAUGAUUUAUAGAGACAUCAAACCGGACAACUUUUUGAUUGGUGCAACAACUGCUGACAACACAAUCUACAUGGUGGAUUACGGAAUGGUAAAACAAUAUAGAGAUCCAAUUACCCAUGUGCAUAUUCCAUAUAGAGAGAGGAAAUCACUAAGUGGUACGGCGAGGUAUAUGUCUAUAAAUACACACUUGGGUAGAGAGCAGUCUAGAAGGGAUGAUUUGGAGAGUCUAGGUAAUGUUUUUGUUUAUUUUUUGAAAGGGCAGUUGCCAUGGCAAGGGUUGAAGGCACCGACAAAUAAAUUAAAGUAUGAAAAAAUUGGUGAAAAGAAACAAAGAAUUCCAAUAUCUGAAUUAUGCAGUGGAUUACCUUUACAGGUUGGUGAAUACGUACGGCAAGUUAGAAAUUUGAAGUUUGAUGAAGAUCCUGAUUAUAUAACCUAUAUCAAUCUAUUCAAGAGCAUACUAGAUGAGAUUGAAAACCCAAAUUAUAGUGAAGGUAGUAUUCAGUCAGCAAAUUCCACAGCGACGGCGAUUUCUCAAUUGACUUCAAAUACGAUGAAACAAUUUCCUGGCCAGUUCUCAUCAAACUCUGCAACUAUUAACUCGGCUGCACAAGAGCUCAAGAAUUUGGACUUGGAGCAUUAUGAGUAUGAUUGGAUGAGACUAAACGAUGGGCAAGGAUGGAGUUGGAACAAGAAUAAAAAGAUAAAUUUAAAUGGGUAUGGCUCUGGUGUCCGACAUACAAACACUCAACAAACACAACAAUUAGAUGCAAAUCAUCAAUCCCAUAACACUCACUACAAUGAUAAUAAUAUCAAUAGUAAGAAUAAAAGGACGCGUUCAAAUGGCCAAUUUCAAAAAAAGACAGCCAAAACACGUGCAGUUUCGGCAGGUGGCCCUGCUAAUGAAAGGUCUGGUUUAUUAGCAAAUGGGGAUUAUGCUAAUAGAUAUACACAAGAUGGAUUUGAAGAUUAUGAUACGGGAAAUAAUGGGCGGAACAGAUCUGUAUUCUCAUGGUUAUGUUGUUGUUUUAUAUAA